AUGUCUCGAGCAGUGCUGAUCUCUGGUGCAACCGGAAAGCAAGGCGGUGCUGUUCUCAACAGACUCGUCAAGCAAAAAGCCGACUUCGAGAUUCUCGCCGUCACCAGAAACGCCAAGUCUCCUUCAGCUCAAAGGCUCCUCGCCAAAUCACCAAACAUCAAGCUUGUUCAGGGCAAUUUCGCUGAUCCUGCUGGACUCUUCAAAAUGGCCAAGAGUGUUACAGACAAGCCUAUCUGGGGAGUGUUCAGUGUCCAGGCACCCAUAGGCUUCGAUCAAGGAGGUGGUGGAGAGGUUGGACAAGGCAAAGGUCUUGUCGACGCCGCCUUGGAUGCCGGAGUCAAGUUCUUUGUCUACACCUCAGUUGAUCGACAUGGCAAAGACUCUGAAAACAAUCCGACCCCAGUUCCCCAUUUCAUAGCCAAGCAUGAGAUUGAGAAGCAUCUUAUUGCACGUACCGCCAAUACCGAUAUGAAGUGGACCAUCCUGCGACCCACCGCCUUUAUGGACAACUUGACCGAUAACUUCCUCGGAAGAUCGUUUAUCACAGCUUGGAAGCUAGCUGUCCCGACGAAACCCAUUCAGUUUAUCUCCGUAACCGACGUGGGAAUCGCUGGUGGUGAGGCUUUCCUUCACCCUGAGAGAUACGCGGGCCGUGCGGUAUCACUGGCCGGCGACGAGUUGACGCUUGAUGAAUUCCAACAGGUCUUCAAGGAGAAGACGGGUCGGGACGUUCCCUCUGCCUAUAGUCUCAUCGUUUACCCAAUGAUGGCCAUGAUCAAGGAGUUGGGAUAUAUGUUCAAAUGGUUCAACGAUGUUGGUUUCGAUGCGGACUUGAAGGCCUUGAAACAGGAUUUCCCGGAGAUAAAGACCUUUGGCACUUGGAUCGAGACGGAAAGCGACUUUGCUCGCAAGUGA